AUGGCCCUGGUUCGUGGGAGCGCUCGUUCCGUCGCUCAACAAGUGGUAGCUGCGCGGUGGCUGCUUCCAGUAUGGGAUGAAACCCAUGCCAACGAGCCGCUAUGGCUGGAAGAUCACGCGCUUGUUCUAGAGGGUGACCGGAUAGCGGCCGUUCUUCCGCGAGAAGAGGCGUGGAAGCGGUACCCCAGCGCCGAGCGAGUGUGCCUCUCUGAGCACGCUCUGCUUCCUGGUCUGAUCAACGCGCACACACACGCUGCCAUGAGCCUGUUUCGAGGACUUGGAGACGAUCAAGCGCUAGACACCUGGCUGCGUAGCGUGAUCUGGCCACUGGAACGCGAACUGGUCGACGAGCACUUUGUUCGUGACGGUAGCAUGCUGGCGGUUGCGGAACUGCUGCGAAGCGGUUGCACCACCCUAAACGAUAUGUACUGGUAUCCAGAGGUCACCGCGCAAGUGUGCCGGGAAGCCGGCAUGCGUGCAGUGCUCGGCAUGGUCGUGGUGGACUUUCCGAGCCGCUACGGCUCUGGCCCAGAAGAAUACUUUCAAAAAGCGAGCCGCUUGACGCAGAUCAUCGCAGAAGGCACCCUAAAGGACUCGCCAGAAAAUCCCCACCGGGAGAUUCCCUUAAUGGAAAGCAGCUACGCGCCCCAUGCAACUUACUCGGUAUCAGAGGAAAUCCUCCGUGAGGUCGGGAAACGAGCGAUGGAUGAAGGCCGACGGGUGCACAUCCACAUGCACGAGACAGCUGCGGAGGUGAAGGCGAGUCAAACGCUGGAUCGUGGGGUACUUGUCUGCCACCGCAGCGAGUUUGCAGGUGCGCCACUGGACAACUUAGAGCGACUCGGCCUGUUGGCUGCAAACUGGACUCUUGUGCACAUGGUGCAUGUGACGGAUGCGCAUAUCGAGCUGGUGCGCAGGAGAGGUGCCUCGGUCGUGCACUGUCCAGCGUCGAAUUUGAAACUGGGCAGUGGUGUUUUUCCGCUUACCAAGAUGCUGGACGCCGGCAUCAACGUCGCCCUCGGAACGGACAGCGCUGCCAGUAACAACCGACUCGACAUGUGGGCUGAGAUGCGCCUUGCAGCGCUCUUGGCCAAAGGAAGUACAGGUCGCAGCGAUUGCCUUACGGCCUAUCAGGUGCUGCGUAUGGCGACGAUUCAAGGCGCCCGAGCACUGGGACUGGACCACUUGCUGGGUUCCUUGGAACCUGGCAAGGCAGCCGAUUUCAUUGCCGUACGAGUUGCAGAUGGCCUCUCAACAAUGCCUGUGCACGAUGUGUGUUCGGCUUUGGUUUAUGGAGCGGGACCGGACCAAGUGACGGAUGUUUGGAUAGGUGCUCGCCGGGUGGUCCACGAUGGAGUACUGCAGACGAUUUCGCAAGCGAAACUCGUUGAGCGUAUCCGACACUGGCACCAGCGCAUACGCACGCUGGGGUCUCAGCGAGGUGAGGACGGCAGCUAUGCUGCUACCACACGACACGCUUCACGGAACUAG